CGCAGCUGCAGCCCCGCUCCCGCCCGCGGCGCGCCGAGACCCCAGCCCGCGCCCGUGGCAGGCUUCAUCAGCAGUUUCUUGAUGUUUGGAAAGUUCUGAGACCCACCCUGUUGGACUGCUUGUAACCAGUGCCUAAGACUACAAAAACGUACGUGUGAAAAAACCUCUCUUCCUUCUUCCACUGAAGGAAGUGUCCAUCAUAGUACUGUGGAAACUCCGUGCAGGCCUUGCAAGGCAGGAGAACAGUUUGUGCUUCCGUUGACGCUCGUGCGUAAUCUCUGCUUCUUAUGCACUCCAGCACCCCUAUCAGUUCCUUGUUCUCCUUCACCAGCCCUGCAGUGAAAAGGCUGCUGGGCUGGAAACAAGGAGAUGAAGAAGAAAAGUGGGCAGAAAAAGCUGUUGAUUCCUUGGUGAAGAAGUUAAAGAAGAAAAAAGGAGCCAUGGAAGAACUGGAGAGGGCUCUGAGCUGCCCAGGUCAGCCCAGUAAAUGCGUCACGAUCCCACGUUCCUUGGAUGGGCGGCUGCAGGUGUCUCACCGCAAGGGGCUUCCCCACGUCAUAUAUUGCAGAGUGUGGCGCUGGCCUGACUUACAAUCUCACCAUGAGUUGAAACCACUGGAAUGUUGUGAGUUCCCUUUUGGCUCAAAACAGAAAGAAGUGUGCAUCAACCCCUACCAUUACCGGCGGGUGGAAACCCCAGUCCUACCUCCUGUACUCGUUCCAAGACACAGUGAGUUUAACCCUCACGUCAGCCUCCUUGCCAAGUUUCGAAACACUUCUCUGCACAGCGAGCCACUGAUGCCCCACAAUGCCACUUAUCCAGAUUCUUUCCAGCAUCCUCCAUGCACCCCUUUUCCAUCAUCCCCCAGCCACAUGUUCUCCCAGUCACCUAACAGCAUCAGCUACCCCAACUCACCAGAAAGCUCUUCUGGACCAGGAAGUCCCUAUCAGCUCACAGUGGAAACUCCACCUCCACCCUACCAUGCAAGAGAACCUCCGGGAAUCCACAAUGGACGGUCAAUGGAUGCAAUAGCUGAAAGUCAGCUAGUGCUGUCUUUGCCCAGUGGAGGUAAAUCUGCCGAUGGAGAAGCUGAAAAUUUUCGGCCUGUUUGUUAUGAGGAACCCCAAUACUGGUGCUCAGUUGCCUACUAUGAACUCAACAACCGGGUAGGGGAGACUUUCCAGGCCUCCUCUCGAAGUAUCCUUAUAGAUGGAUUUACAGAUCCUUCAAAUAACAAAAACAGGUUCUGCUUGGGUCUGCUCUCAAAUGUAAACCGCAAUUCUACUAUAGAAAACACUCGGAGACACAUAGGAAAAGGUGUUCAUCUUUACUAUGUCGGUGGGGAGGUUUAUGCCGAAUGUGUCAGUGACAGCAGUAUUUUUGUGCAAAGCCGCAACUGUAACUACCAGCAUGGUUUCCAUCCAGCCACAGUCUGCAAGAUCCCCAGUGGCUGCAGCCUCAAGAUCUUCAACAACCAGCUCUUUGCCCAGCUUCUUGCCCAGUCAGUCAAUCAUGGUUUUGAAGUGGUGUAUGAGCUGACCAAGAUGUGUACAAUUCGAAUGAGCUUUGUUAAAGGCUGGGGAGCAGAGUAUCAUCGCCAAGAUGUUACAAGCACGCCCUGCUGGAUUGAGAUCCACCUGCAUGGACCAUUGCAAUGGCUGGAUAAGGUGCUGACACAGAUGGGCUCACCUCACAAUCCCAUCUCCUCAGUCUCUUAAGAAUCAUCUCUAGAAUUCCCUUAGGAUGGAUGCUAUUGCAGGCAGUGGCUUAUAGAAUUCCCAUGAACAGAAGCUUCUAUAUGUAGAUGUAUGUAGAUGUAAAUAUAUCUAUACAUAGUCUCCUCUCUUUUUUAUUUUUUUUUUUUCAGUUUGUGGUUUCUAGUUACUCUGAUGCCAGUACAGUAAGUUUAGAAAUUCAGGUAUAGCAUAUCUGUUCUCUAGUACAAAAUAAGCCAAACUCCUGCAAAAGUGUCAAACAUUUCCUGUGAGCAUCUUCAUUUCCCAGCCAAGCCAGUAAAUGGUGCAAAUUCCCAGCACUUUCAUGUGGAUUCAGAAACCUGGCUGUAGCUGUUCCUAGUAGGUGAAAUUCACCCCUCUGCAGGCCACCAAAGUCAUAUCUCUGUGCCAUUUAUAGUCAUCUUACAUCCUGAUUUCAAGUCCAGAAGAGGACCUGAGGUGGUGCACAGGACUUAUGCAUAGAGAUGACUUUUAUCUAGUGAACUGAAGGACUAAACUGCCAUUCCAGUCUGUCUCCCUACUGCAAAGCACGAUGGGACAACAAAUCCUCAGAAGAGCUGAUGCACACUGUCUCUCCUGGGAUUUGGCAAGAGGAGGGAGCAUAUUCAGCACAGGAACCUUAUCUCAGAGCAUUCUGGACAAUCUGAGUAGUCUGAUACUGCUAACAUAGUAGGGUACGGUACUGCUGCACUGAAAAGCAACAAGCUCCUAAGAAAAAAAAAAAAUUAAAUAUAUGCCCAUGAGUUAAAAAAAACUAAUUAACUUCCAGUGCUUUUUUGCAAAGUACGUACAUACUUGCAUAUGUGUCCGGCAUGUAAACUAAAUCCUAUCCAUUCUACAGUAUUGAUACAGUUUGUUUUAAAGUUAAGACUGUCUGUAUUUAGACUGAUGUUCUGAUAUCAAGGUUACACCUCAAAGGGAUUUGAACUGUGAUGCAGAAAAGGGAAAUUACAUGUGCAUUGAAGAAGCAAAUAAUUACUUUAUCAUUCAUCUUGGGAACAGAAAGUCCCACACUCAAAGGAUGUAAUGGGAGUCAGCCGUGUCCAUCCCCUGCACUGGGCCAGUCCUCAGGAUCUGAUGGCAUUGCUCGGGUCUGACUGAGAGGGCUCCCCUGCCAGUCACUCCAUACAUUCCCAUGGAUGGUUUCUCAUCUUAGGUACAGGCUUCUUCAUUUGCUGAGCUUUUGCCUUGCCUGCAGAGGAUGGUGAGGCAAUUUAAGCCAUGAACAAGUGAAGAGUGAAUCUAUGUGCAGAACCUCAUCUGUGUUCCUUCUGUAAGCAGGGAAAUCAAUUGCCCAAUCCCAUCCUCGCAAAAUGCUGUCCACUUGGAAACCUUUCCUGAGAAGACAGGUGAA